AUGUCGGAGGCUGAUAUACACACAGAAAAAGUUCGAUGCUUAGGACUUUCGUCGCCCGGUCCUCACGCUGUGUUGAUAACGAUUCCUGUUGAUACUCGCCAUACAACAGCAGACAAGAAAACCGCUGAGGAGAUCUUGAAGAUGUUUGGACACAAUGUCAAAGAUUUCGUUUUGCCAGUGUUUACUAAAGCAGAUCAACUUCGGGAAAACUUUGUCACAGAAGAGAAACUUAUGCGAGAGUUAGACGGAGAUCUGAAACAGGUUAUUGAAACGUGUGGAGGGAAAUAUGUUUUCGUUAACAAUAAAGCACAAAACACCGAAAGAUCGACGAAAAGAGAGAAGAUAUUUGCUGAAAUCGACAAAAUUUCAACGAAACAUGAACUUUUCUAUCAAAGCAAUGAGUACAAGGAGAUAGAGCGUCAAAUCCUGCAGAUUGCAAAAAAAGCCUUCUCUGAAUAUACAACAAGCCCAGUGGAACGUAGGACCCUGUACAAUACAAACAAACAGAUCUGA